AUGUCACUUUAUGCACAAAACUCGUUAAGGCCAUCAGAAAGAAGAUUGUUGGAGCCGUAUCUAAAAGAAAUUGAAAAACUUCAAAACGAAAACGCAAAUUUGAGGAGGAAUCACCAUGAGAUCGAAUCUCAUCAAGAAGAAAUUAUCAAGAAUCAACUCAAGAAUCUUCUAAUGAUCAAAAGGUCAUUGUCUGAGAAACAAGAAGACUUUGGUAAUCGCGUCAUCAAAGAUCAAAGCAUUGGAGGAAGGGUCGAAGAAUCGACUCAAAAUUCCUUCCGAACAGCAAAACAAAAUAUUUUAUUCUCACAUAAUGAUGAUAAACCCUUGAUCACUCUGCAAAAAUCUAUUGACAAAAUUUACGGCCUGAUUGAGAGAGCUAGCUUGAAUUACGGUAACUUGAGGAUGAAUAUUGAUGAAUAUAUGGUGACACAUUCGAAUGAAGGCAAAGAUGAUGUUGAAGGUCUAAAGGAUAAGAUUAGAAAAAUGAAUUUACAACUUGUACUUUGCCAAAAAGAAUUGGAAAUUACAAAAGAUGUAAAUCAGAUUGCUCAGGACACUUCUAAGUUUAUGCUUAGGAUUUUUCCUCUGAAUGAUUUCACGUCGAGGCUUUCAACUCCUUCAAUACCAAAAUUUAAUGUAGGCGACAACCGCGAAACCAACAAAGAAUGGCAAAAUUCUGAACACAAAACAAGCACCGAGGUUAACGAGAUGGACGCAAGCAUUAGUUCUGAUAACUCCGUUGAUGUGGGACCUGAGGAUUACAUGGAAAUCGAUUCCAAGGUUCAAAAUCCUAUUUCGAUGACAAAGUCCAAAUGUCCGGUUACGGACGAAAUGAAAACUAUUGAUGAAAACAAAGUAAACGAUGCAAUAGCGCUCGAUGAUCUGAAUGCAUCAAUCAAACUCCCCGCCGAGUCAUUUAUAUCGUUUCCAACAAGAUCAUCAUUCUCUAAUGACCCCGUGUACCUUAUGAUCAAUAGAACACCACGUCACGCGAAAUCCAAUGAGCCAACAUUCUAUAGAAAAUCUGUAAAGAACGCAUCCCCAUAUCAAAAGUAUUACGCAUGCGAAUGGAACAAGUGUAAAAGGUUUUACUUGAGUAAGAAAGAGUUGAAA